AUGGAUCAGGUAGAAUCCAACCCUACUAUCCCGGUUAAAGCUCUCCAAGAACAAUUACAGAAGAAGUAUGGAGUGGGUUUCUCAAUCCAUAAAGUUUUUAGAGCUAAAGCAUAUGCAAAAAUAAUUGUAGUGGGUGAUUACAAAAAACAGUAUGAAGUUUUGAGAGACUAUAUCCUUGAGUUGCAGUCAACCAAUCCUGAUACCACAGUCAAAUUAGAACUUGGAGAUGUCUCAGAAUCUAAUUUGGUGAAUUGCACUUCAAGAUGUUUCAAAAGAAUCUAUGUUUGUCUAGGGGGGAUGAAGAAGGGAUUCAAAGCUUGUUUAAGAGAUUUCUUGGGGCUAGAUGGGGCUCAUAUGAAAGGCCCUUAUCCAGGCCUGAUCUUAAAUGCAGUUGGAUUAGAUUCCAACAAUGGCAUAUACCCACUUGCAUAUGCCAUUAUAGAGAUUGAAAACUGUGAAUCUUGGAAGUGGUUCCUUGAAUGUCUUGGUGAUGACUUGGAUCUACAUGCUAUGUCUAAUUUCACUUUUGUUAGUGACAGACAAAAGGGUUUGCUACAAGCAGUUAGUCAAUUGUUCCCAUGUGCUAAGCAUAGGUUCUGUCUCAGACAUAUACAUGAGAACAUGAAAAAACAAUGGAGAACUAAGGAAUAUAAAGAUCACCUUCGGGAUUGUGCCACAGCUACAACAGUGACAGAGUUUAACCAUUUCAUGCACCAAUUCAGUUUAUAUGACAAAUCAGCAUAUGAAUGGUUGAAGUCAAUACCACCACAACAUUGGGCAAAAAGCCAUUUCACAGGGAGAGCAACCACAGACAUGUUGUUAAACAACAUUUGUGAGGUGUUUAAUGGCAAGCUAGUUGAUGGGAGAGACAAACCAAUUAUUAGCUGCUUGGAGUGCAACAAAAAGCGUGUAGGCCCACUCACCCCAACAGCAACAAAGAUCAUGGAGAAGAAUGAAGCAGCUGCUACUCAGUACAUUGCAGAAUGGUGUGGUGAUGAAAAAUACCAAGUCAAAGGCCCAUGGAAUGAUCAACAUGUUGUUGAUAUGCAUGAAAGGGUAUGCAUCUGCAGGAAAUGGGAAUUAAUAGGUAUCCCUUGCAGACAUGUGAUUUCUGUGUUGUAUAACAAAGCAGAUCAUGGUGAGGGUGUACACGAGCUCCAUACUUAUGUCCACAAGGUGCACUGGCUACAAACUUGGAAAACUGCAUAUGGGUACAAGGUGGAACCAAUUAAAGGUCGGGCACUGUGGCCUAGAAGUGAGUGUCCAAUGCAGAUCACACCUCCCCUACACCGUAAUCAACCUGGGAGACCCAAGAGGAAGAGAAGGCAAUCCAUGGAGGAGAAAAGUCAAAGCAAGAGUCAAAGUCAGAGUCAAAGGUCAGAUGUGGGUCCUAGUGAGAUUCAUGGUCAUGGUCCACAUGGUAGUGGGAAACUAACAAGAAAGUUUGUUAGUGUGGCUUGUAGUAAGUGUGGAAACAAAGGGCACAACUCCAGGACAUGCAAAGGUCAGGGAGGGACUUGA